AUGUUAGCGGCCAAUAUCGAUUCCAGGCCUUCCAAAUUCACGUCUAUUUCUUUCUUCUCUAUCUGUCGACUUGAAUCAGAGAACUCUCUCUCUCUCUUUCUCUGUCCCGUUCUCCCUACAUAUACAACACCCUUUUCAGAAAUCUCUCUCUUUCUCUCUCUCAAGUCUUUCAAGAUAUUUAUAUUUCUCACCCCCUCUCCCUCUCACUCACUGUUCGUCUCUAUCUUUCUCACCUCCCGCCACAAUCUCUCUCCCUCUCUCUCUGAAACACACUUUCAUACAUCAACUUUCACUAGAUAUCUCUGUCUUUCACCAGCACUUUCCAUGACUAGCUUCUAUCAAGGUAUUAUUGGCAAGAGACGUGAAACACUUUUCUUUCUUUCUUUCUUUCUUUCUUUCUUUCUUUCUUUCUUUCUUUCUUUUUCUUUCUUUUCUUUUCUUUUCUUUCUUUCUUUCUUUUCAGACGUGAAACACUUUUCUUUCUUUCUUUCUUUCUUUCUUUCUUUCUUUCUUUCUUUCUUUCUUUCUUUCUUUUCGUCUUUAUUUGAAACGUUAAACAAUUCUUUCUUUCUUUCUUUCUUUCUUUCUUUCUUUCUUUCUUUCUUUCUUUCUUUCUUUCUUUCUUUCUUUCUUUCUUUCUAG